CUUCUUCUUCAUCCUCCUCAUCCUCAUCCUCAUCACCCGCCUCAGCAGCAGCUUCAUCGGCAGCGGGAGCAGAGGCAGAGCCCGUCGACGACGUGGAAGGCAAAUAAACUGGAUCCAUCUCCACUUCGAGGAGGAAGAUGGAGAAAUGGGAGUUGCAGUCGGGCAAAUGCAAUCAAAUCUGGCAAAAUCCGCAUUUAUGACACACAUCUCUUCUAGAUGCAUCACAGGAACUAAUUAAAGAACACAAGACUAGCCUGUUUGACACUCUGAAAUCAUGGACAGAGCUUCAUCUUCACUUCAGUAUGGAUCAAAGAAGCAGGUCAAGAUCCACCCAAACACGGUGACGGUGAAAUACGCCACUCACUUCCCCCAGCCUGGUGACGAAGGGUACGAUGAUGCACCAUCCUUUGAGGACUUUGGUUCCUUUGCAGAAGCUAAUGCUGGAAAGAGACUGGUGUCAGACGCUAAAGGAGGAAGGACUUUCUUUGGUACCAUGGAGACUCAGCCUAAGCAGCCAAGUGUGCAAAGAGACAAGGGGGUUGAGGGCCAGCUGGCUAGCUUUGGUGAGGCUAAUGUCUUGGCCUCUAGGGUGACCUGGAUGGCCUUGUUUGGGGCAGCUGUGGCUCAUGGCUGUGUUUCGCUGAUUACUCGUCUAGCAGCGGACCGCUCUAAAGUCCCCUCUCUUGAGCUACUUUUCAUCCGCUCCGUGAUCCAAGUGUUGUCCAUCCUGGUGGUCCUCUACUACCACGAGGCCCCCUUUGGGCCCAGAGGCUACCGACUUCGUCUCUUCUUCUACGGUGUCUGCAACGUAAUCUCAAUCACUUGCGCCUACACGUCCUUUGCCAUAGUACCCCCUAGCAACGGCACCAUCAUGUGGCGUGCCUCCACCACGGUCUUCAGCGGCAUACUGGCCUUCCUGCUGUUGGACGAGAGGCUGAGCUACACGGAUGUGGUCACGGUGGUGGGAAGCGUGUUCGGCCUGUGCCUCGUCAUGGUGCCAAAUGUAGCGGAUGAGGAAAAGUCCAGGCUGGGGUUUUGGAAGGAGGCCUUUGGCUACACCAUGACAGUGAUGGCGGGAUUGACCGCGGCCCUCUCCAUGAUCAUCUACAGAGCCAUCAAGGAGCGUGUCAGCAUGUGGACGGCUCUCUUUACCUUCGGGUGGACGGGCACGGUGUGGGGAGCCUCCACCAUGUUUGUCAUGCAGGAGCCUAUUAUCCCUUUGGAUGGGGAGACCUGGGGCUAUUUAAUUGGGAUCUGUAUCUGCUCCACAGUGGCAUUCCUCGGAGUGUAUUAUGCUCUGAAUAAGUUCCAUCCAGCCUUAGUUAGCACCGUGCAGCACCUGGAGAUCGUGAUCUCCAUGUUUCUGCAGCUGAUUGUGCUGAGGAUGAUCCCGUCUGUGUAUGACGUCAUCGGAGGGCUGGUCAUCAUGGUCAGCGUGUUCACUCUAACAGGAGUCAAGCUGUACAGAGUGAGCCGAGCAAUCCGGCAGGAUUAUCAAGAGAUCCUGGACUCGCCUAUCAAAUGAACUGACGCACGUCAGUCUACUUGUUUACAGUGUUGCUUGGUUGUGCAAUUUAAAGAAUGUCUGGAUCUUUUGAUUUUGUAAUGUUGUGCUGUCAAACGAGUGCCAUUUGUGUAACUGAUGUCUUAAUAUUUAUGUGUGAAUUAAAAGACAGUUGUACUAUUGUGACCAUUCCCCUCUGUUGGCGCUGCUUCGAUGUCGAACUAUCGCAGGCAGAAAAAAAAUGCGUCAAAACUCAACUGUAAGAUCAAACGUGGUCCUUUGUUGUCACACUGCCAAAUUUGUGUAAAUGUCAGCCAAGAAAGCAUUCAUUCUCAUCCAAAUAAACACAUGAACAAAGGG